AUGUUCGCCGUCAUCAGGGCAAGACGAAGUUCACUUCCUGUAGGAAUCCCAAAACUUCCCCGUGUUCGACAGAGGGAAUUAAUGAACUUCAGUUUUAUUGAGUUGGAGGCUGCCACUCAUAACUUUGCAACAACAAUUGGUCAAGGUGGUUCUGGAACUGUCUACAAGGGUGUUUUAUCUGAUGGGGUUCAGGUUGCUAUCAAGAAACAUACAGAUGGAUUUCCAUCUCAAUAUGACGAGAUGCCCAAAAAGCAUCCUUUGAUCCUUCUACGUUCAAUGCUUGAGCAUAAAAAUAUAGUUAAACUUGUAGGAUAUUGCCACGAAUACAGGGAAAUUGAAAUGCCGAAAGAAAAUGCCACAAAUGGAAAUGUUUCUGCCAAAGAAGAAUUUCUUUUGCUGGUUGAAGAAUACAUGACAAAUGGAAACUUGGGCAACUUAAUCUAUGGGGGGUUGCUUGAUUGGUCCUCCCGAUUAAAAAUAAUUGAAGGGAUAACCCAGGGAGUUGUUUACCUUCACACCCACUCCGAGAAACCUAUAGUCCAUCUGGACCUGAAACCAGACAACAUACUUUUGGAUUCUAACAUGAACCCUAAGAUUGGUGAUUUUGGAUUAUCUGAAGAAUUACAAGAUGACUACAUUAAUGCAAGCGUUAGUGGAACACUGGGCUAUAUGCCACCAGAAUAUAUUAUAGAAGGUACUGUCUCUUUGAAGAAUGAUGUCUACGGUUUUGGUGUGACACUACUUGAGACCAUUAGUGGAAUGAGUGAGUCUGGACGAGGUGCUCGUCAUCAAGCUUCGAUUGAGUGGGCAUGGAACGUACGUCUAUCUGGAGGUAUGAACAAGUUAUUCGAUCCCCGGCUUUGCGACGAAUCUCAACUGAAGGAGAUCAAAAGAUGCAUGGAUAUUGGACUGCUCUGUACCCAGAACAAAGCGACAGAGAGGCCAACCAUGCAGGAUGUUCUUAAAAUGAUUCAGGGCAAGAAGAAGGAAGGUUCUCAGGCUGCUGGAAUUGUAGGCAAUGCACAAGUGGGCAAUAGGGUGAUGCAGUAG